GAAGCCAUUUUGAACGGUUGAGGAGACUCUUUCGUAGUCAGCUAAAAUACAAUUUAAAACACCUAACAAAACAUCGCAGAAGGAACCGGUUCUUUCACUUUGUCCAAGGGUUGUAAAAAAAUCUGAAAAGGACGCAGCGGCUAGUCAAGCUAAACAAGAUGGCUAGCUGAAUAGUUGGCCAGUACUUGAAUGCUAGCAAAGCCCUCCUGGAGUAUUUUUUUUCUUCUCCUGAUAGCACUGGCAGAUUACAUCUAUGCUAAGCCCUAAUUUUGCUCAAGAAAAUAUAUACAUGCUUAAGUAAUAAUCUUCUAAGGUUUGGGGAAAAAGAGCAAUUUUGUUUUCUUGUCACUUGAUGUCCCAGAAAUAAUAUUUGUUGAGGUACCUGCUGAGACAAAAGAUUUGAACAAUUUAUAUUUAAAUAAUUAUUGACGUCUCAAGAAAAGAAAGAAAGAAAGAAGGAAGGACAAUCUUAAGUUCUGAGUGGUCCCGGGGGAGAGGACUCACUUCAUCUUAGACACUGUUUUAAGGUCCAUCGCUAUUGGAACGGAAGAAUUAAGCUAAGCAAACAUGAGCACUGUCAGGACAGAGAACCCAAUGAUUUUGGGCUUGUCCAACCAGAAUGGACAGCUCAGAGGCUCGGUGAAGCCAGCUGGAGCACCGGGAGGAGGCGGAGGAGGCCCUCAACAACAGCAACUAAACCAGAUAAAAGGCACAAUCAACAAUGGUAAUUCCCAGCCCGCCCCCACAACUAAUGCUGUCAUCAAGCCCGGAGAUGACUGGAAGAAAAAUUUGAAAUUGCCCCCAAAAGACAUGAGGAUGAAAACUUCGGAUGUGACUGCAACUAAAGGCAAUGAGUUUGAAGAUUAUUGCCUAAAGAGAGAGCUGCUCAUGGGAAUCUUUGAGAUGGGCUGGGAAAAGCCAUCUCCAAUCCAGGAGGAAAGUAUUCCCAUUGCACUGUCAGGAAGGGAUAUCUUGGCCAGAGCCAAGAAUGGUACGGGAAAGAGUGGAGCCUACCUCAUUCCCUUACUUGAACGCAUCGACCUGAAGAAGGACUGCAUACAAGCUGUGGUCAUUGUGCCCACCAGAGAACUGGCUCUGCAAGUAAGCCAAAUAUGUAUCCAGGUCAGCAAACACAUGGGUGGGGUAAAGGUGAUGGCAACCACAGGUGGAACCAACCUACGUGAUGACAUCAUGAGACUCGAUGAAACAGUACAUGUGGUAAUUGCCACUCCUGGGAGGAUUUUAGACCUUAUCAAGAAAGGAGUGGCCAAAGUCAGUCAAGUGCAGAUGAUCGUUCUGGAUGAAGCUGACAAACUCCUGUCUCAGGACUUUGUGGUUAUGAUGGAGGAGAUGCUGGGCUUCCUGCACAAACAGAGGCAAAUUUUGCUCUACUCUGCAACCUUCCCUCUCAGUGUGCAGAAGUUUAUGAAUUCGCACCUGCAGAAGCCCUACGAGAUCAACCUAAUGGAGGAGCUGACACUGAAGGGUGUGACUCAGUAUUAUGCUUAUGUAACUGAAAGGCAAAAGGUCCAUUGCCUUAACACCUUGUUCUCCAGGCUCCAGAUCAACCAGUCUAUAAUCUUCUGCAACUCCUCUCAGAGGGUGGAGCUCCUUGCCAAGAAGAUCUCCCAGCUUGGUUAUUCAUGUUUCUACAUUCAUGCCAAGAUGAGACAGGAGCAUCGCAACCGUGUGUUCCACGACUUCAGAAAUGGCCUCUGCCGGAAUCUCGUCUGCACUGACCUCUUCACAAGAGGAAUUGACAUUCAAGCUGUGAAUGUUGUGAUCAAUUUUGACUUCCCUAAACUGGGAGAGACGUACCUUCAUCGCAUUGGUAGAUCUGGCCGCUUUGGACACUUGGGUCUCGCCAUCAACCUGAUCACUUACGAUGAUCGCUUCAACCUGAAAGGGAUCGAGGAGCAGCUUGGAACAGAGAUCAAGCCCAUCCCUGGCAUCAUUGAUAAGAGCCUAUAUGUGGCAGAGUACCACAGCGAGAGUGGUGAAGAAGUCAAGCCAUGAGCCAAUCAGUCCAUCCUCCAUUCCCCUUUGUACCUUUUUUCAUCCCCACCUCCCCCACCCGACAUGGAGUUUUUUCCUUUUUUUUGUCGUUGUUCGUAUUAUUAUUUUUUUUCUUUUUUUUAAUGUACAGUUUCUGUCCGUCUUCCUUUUUUGGAUGCCACCAUAAGGAAUGUGUAUUUUGAUGGAUGCGUUUUUGGAAGAACUCAUUUGCCUUUUCAUAGGGCUCUUAUGCUGCACCGCCACACACCCUGAAGACAUAAGCACCGGGAGGAAAGUAUGGGACCAAGUUGAAAAAUAUAUCGAUGCACAUUAUUGAUUUGUUCAUAUCCACCGACGACACAAAGCCAGCACCGACAGACCCUCCCCCACCCCCCACCCCUCUAUAACGACACCCUCCAUUCUGCACUUAUUAUUUUUUGGAAGUUUUAACCAAUUUGUAUCAAGUGCCUUAACAAGCAGUUCAACUUGUUCUAAUUCUAAAGUAAUAACCCUUCAUUAUUUGUCAUCUUGAGCACGUCAUACAACACACACUCAUAUUCACCUAUUGGAAAAAAAUUUGCUCCGCUAAUUUAAUGUCUGACCAUGUGGGUGAAUUCAUAACUGUUUUUUUUUUUUUUCUUUUGGGUCAUCUGUUUUUGGCAAAGAAUGGCGGUGAUCAGGAAGAGAGGCCGGUCUGAAAUGUAUCUUUUUUGCUGGCUUAGCUGCUCUCGAGUCUGGCUGAUAUAUGUUGAGGACUAACUUGGAGUUUUCCAUGGACAGAGAUGCUGGAUUUUUUCCAAGAGACAGCCAGACUGUCCAGUUGCUUGUGAAGAAGCUCAAGCUUCUUAAAGACCCAAACCCUUUCCUCUUGUCUUCAGCAUCAGAACACUAAAAAUGAAAAAGCACUCUGCAGCCUCUCAACAACCCGAGUCAUGAGGAUUCCUGUUUUGGUGGAGUUUAGAGGGAACGCUUUUUUUUGUUUGUUUUAUUUUUUUUUCUUCCCUUUUUAUUUUUUUGUCCUGUCACUCACCUUCCUAUGGAUGGCCAUACUUAACUCUGCGAGACAUGCAGCCAACGUGCAGGUGUACUGUACACCUUGUGUAUAUACCUUCAUUUUAAGAUUGUUUUAAACAAGUUCAUAAGGCUGGCUGACAAACAGAAAAAAGCUUUCCCCCCCCCCUUCUCUCUUGUUAGCACUGGAGACUGUUUCCUUAACUGUCAGUUUGUUUGAUCUGCAAUAUUGGCCUGUGAAUUUAUUUAUAAUUUUAGAAAUUGCAGAAUUUAUUAGAAUCUAAAACAGUCAAUGACAUUGUGCAUGAAAUGUUUUUUGGAGGCCAAGUUCAUCACUGAUAAUGUUUAAGCCCCUCCAAAUUCGAUGGCGAGUGCAAUUCUUCAAAGCUGCACUUCAACAGAUUGUUUAAAUUGUUGCCCUUAUUCUUCUGCUACCAGUGUUAACGAGUGUUCAGUCCAGACAGAUGGCUUUGUGAAGUUUGUGCAUUUUAGUAAUGAAUUCUUUGUUGUUGUCACCAGCCUUAACUUGUGAAACUGACACUUGAAACACUCUUAGAUCUCCAGAGUGUUUCUGUUGGAAGAGAAAAAUAUAUUCUAUCAUGUAGUAGUACUACUCGCUGCAGUGCAGCUGAAUUGGCAGAGAAUUUGUUUUCUGGGGGAGGUAUUAGCUGUUACGUUUAUGUGCUUUUUUAAGCACAGCUUCAUUACUUCACAAAUGUUUGGGAGGAAGCAGUCUGUUUUUUCCCCCUUUUUUGUUUUUGAAGAAUGUUGGCCGAACGCAUCAAAACGAACCAUCUGACCUAAAAUGUAGCAGGAACUCGAUCUCUGUGCGUUUGUAAGUUGGCUGGUUUUAUUUUUAAAAAAAGAGAGAAAUAACCAGCCCAGAGAGAAAAAAAAAAAGAUGUUUGACUCAAAACAACGUGAGAGCAGGCUGGGCUGCAUUUAAAGUACAGAGAGAUGGAUUCAGGCAAUAACACUGACUGCACUGCUUUUUGUACACAUGAUGCCCGAAUGGGGGAGAUGUGUAUGAUGGUGUAGAACAUGAAAAAAAAAAUGUCAAGGAAGGGGAAAAGGUGUAAAGGAAUACAACAUUACUAUUACUGGACUGCUUGUUUAAAAAAGAAAAUGACUUGGGCACCUCACAAUGCUGAGUUUGGCUUAUUUCUCUGCCCUUUAAUUGCUUUGAUAUUUUGGGGUUUUUUGGGGUUACAGUUGCUUUUUUUUUUUUUUUUUAAAUGCAGCAUGAUAACCUUAUUUUGCAGGAAGGUUCUCUGAACAUUUGUUUGUUCAGUUGGAACCUUUUUUGCACACGAGGUUCCCUUUUAUUAUUACGGUGAGAUGCUCUUUUUGACAGUUCUAAUCAAUGAGAAGUAUUACUGCACAUUUAAUUUGAGCUCUUUUUAAAAAGAUAAAAAAGUGUGACAAUGUUCAUUAGUUCAUAUAUAACCUUCAAUGUCUCAUUGGUUAGGACUGAGAUCCCUUUUCUCUCAGCGCUGUUGUUAUCCCCCUGAGUCAUUUACACAUCAAAUUUGGCUGUUUUGGCUUUUUUUUUUUUUGGGUGGGAGGGAUGUAUUUGUUUUAAAAAGGGAAAACAAAAAUAAAUCCAAAUUAAAUUACACAUUAGCUGAUUGAACAGGGAUCUAAUUUUGCAGAUACUUGGCAGCUGUCUGUUUCUUGUCAGCCCACUGGCAGUAAAUCGCCAGAGCAAACUUUCUUUUUCCUAGUCUAAAAAAAAAAAGAAAUCGAUCUUUCAAGAUUUAAGAUUGUUGCCUGCCUUCGAUUUGGACGGCGGCUUUUACUGCCAGCGGCUGUCAAUUUGGAAAACCUUAAAGUCUGAGACGAGAGCAUCUUGCCCCAGAUUGGGUGACUUAAUUGGAUAGUUUGUGUAACUAAAUUGUCUCAUUCUUUAAGGUUGUUUUUGUUUUAAUUCGUUGGGUGGGGUUUAAAUUAUUGCACUUGCUGCCCUGAUGCACAUGUUUAAUCAUCUCUUGAAAGUGUGAGACAAAUUUAAAGAUUAUAACACAGCUUUUGUGUACAAUUUGGGCCUGUCCGAUCACUUCCUGUUGAGGAGGAUAUGAAAAGUCCUUUUUUGGGGGGCAUUUCUCUAAAAAAAACAAAUGUGCAUCAGUAAAAAAAAACAUGGGGAGGAGCCUUCUUUGGGCAUUACAAAAACAGGUUAACAUAAUCCAAUGUUAAAAGGAAAUGGGUAUAAAUGUUUGAGAAAGUUGCCCUUAGAUUUGGAUAUUCUUUUUUUUUUCCCAAUGAAAUGUUCAAAAAAGGAGUACACCUUAUUUUUAUUUUUUUUUUAAAGUCUCCAAAUUUAAGUGAAUUUAAAGAGUUCAUUAUUUUCAUUUUUAUUUGAUGGAAAUUUGGUCAAAUUUAAUUGGCAGGUUUUUUUCAGUGGAGCUAAUUUUACAAGUGAGAUUAAGUUAACUAAGGAUGUCAUGAAUAACAUUGGAUAAGACUGAAAGUUUUGUUGAAUAAAGCUCACUGAAAUUUA